GCUCUAAGACCCGACAGAAGAGGGGGAUCUGGAGCAUGCGUGGCAACGAUUUGUGCAGCUGGCGGCUGCCUUUCGAUGAGCCGCCACUGAGGGCUUGGCAAGGAGGUGGGAGUUAAGCAAUAGUUUGCAAGUGAAGUUCUCGCCUGCCGGAGCAGUCUUUUCCCCCGGCGGAGGUGGGAAGCGCUAAGCCGGAAAGUCCCUGAUUUUAAACGGAACUGUUUGUUUGGAUCUGAGGUGCUGCUUCGGAGAAGGACAAGGGGUGUCUGCGGAGCCCAUGUGGAAAGCGUGAUUGUGAAAGCUUUUCCAGUUGGAGGUGUUAAGGAGAGGAUGUAGCCAGUCUGAGAAUGGGGCUUUCACCAAGAGGAGAUCACCAUGGCCAGAGAAGAUUCAGUGAAGUGUUUGCGCUGCCUGCUUUAUGCCCUCAAUCUGCUCUUCUGGUUGAUGUCCAUCACUGUGUUAUGCGUUUCUGCCUGGAUGAGAGACUACUUGAAUAAUGUUCUCACUUUAACUGCAGAGACCAGAGUGGAGGAGGCAGUUGUGUCUACUUAUUUUCCAGUUGUCCACCCAGUCAUGAUUGCAGUCUGCUGUUUCCUUAUCAUUAUUGGAAUGCUGGGAUAUUGUGGAACAGUGAAAAGAAACCUUUUAUUGCUUGUGUGGUAUUUUGGAAGUUUGCUUGUGAUAUUCUGUGUUGAACUGGCCUGUGGUGUUUGGACCUAUGAACAAGAAAUUACAGUCCCUGUACAGUGGUCAGAUAUGGUCACUUUAAAAGCCAGAAUGAUCAAUUAUGGCUUACCUCGUUAUCGUUGGCUUACUCAUGCUUGGAAUUUCUUCCAGAGAGAGUUUAAAUGCUGCGGAGUGGUGUAUUUCACGGAUUGGCUGGAAAUGACAGAGAUGGAUUGGCCUCCUGACUCCUGCUGCGUGAGGGAAUUCCCAGGAUGUUCUAAGCAGGCACACCAUGAAGAUCUUAGUGACCUUUACCAGGAGGGUUGUGACAAAAAGAUGUACACAUUCCUGAGAGGAACUAAGCAGCUGCAGGUGCUUCGAUUUCUAGGAAUCUCCAUUGGGGUUACCCAAAUUUUGGCUAUGAUCCUCACCAUUACUUUGGUGUGGGCUCUCUAUUAUGACCGCCAGGAUCCAAGUGCAGAUCAAAUGCUGUCUUUGAAGAACGAUGCCACCCAGCACCUGUCAUGCCAUUCUGUGGAGUUAUUAAAACCCAGCCUGACAAGGAUCCUCGAGCAUACCACUAUGGCAAACAGCUUUAACACACACUUUGAAAUGGAGGAACUGUAGAGCAAUUUGUGAUUUCUACAAUUUGAAUAUAGCCAUCUUUAUGGAUCCUGGACACUGCGUUUUAACACAGCUGUCAUAGAAAAGAAAAGUGGGCAGGGAAUGAAGAUGCUCUUAAGGAAGGACUAUUAAUUGUUUUUCUUUUUUCAUAAAACGUGUUCUUGUUACAAUUGUACUGCUAAAAAUAAUUGUUUUACUGAGUAAGGCCAAAUGUGUCCUUCAUUCUCCAUGAGACUGUAUGCGCCAUGUAGAAGGUAGAUCACUAGUCUCAUAGUAUUGAGUGAAAAAAAUAGGCAGGAUUAAUUUUAGGGCUCUCACCUGUUUGAAGUUUUCACUUCAACAAUUCUGUUAGAUUGAGGAUAGACAACUUGUUCAGUGCUGAAAGCCCUACAGAUAAUAGACGGCCAUAGACCAUCAGUGUUCACAAGUUAUGUAUAAUUUAAGUAAUUUUUCCAUUUCAUUUUCAAGGAACAGUAACUGGCAAGCCACAACUAUUGAACAUGUUGCAUUCAGAUCUGCUUCCUCUGCAGUUGUUAAUCACAGCUGAGAAAACCCUGAACUCAGACCUUUCAGAAUCUAAAAGAACAUGACAAUCUUACCAGUUUUAAUCAAGCACAUAGUGUUGCAUUUGAGAAAAAUAAUUCACAGUAGCACUGUGGUCAUAGAUAUACUGAUGGGAAUGCUCAGCAGUGUGCUGUGUACAGAAUGUUAGGUUGUAUAUGGUAUAGCAGAUUAUGGGUUACAUUUGGAGUGUGGCUAUCAGUGAAAUCCAUUCAUGAAAUCCAGUUACUUAGCAGUGCAUCACUUGCAAACACACCUGUGUAAAAGCUGACACUUUGGAUCUUCCCUCUUUUGUUUGUGUAUUAAAACAUCUAGGACAUCAGUGGAAGUUCUUGUGUUGUUUUGGAACAUCAAAGUUUCAUAUCCCGCAAGCAAUCAAAUAGUUGGUUUGUCCCGCUAAGGCAGAAAAAAUUGCUCAAGAAGAACUCUUCUUAACCGAAUAAUCGUGGUAAUUGCCACUAAAAGAUCAGGGAUAGAUAUGUAUAUAAUGAAGUAUGUGUGUAUACAGUAGAAUUGCUAUCUGUAUGGAAGUUUGGGUUUUUGUAAAGAGGAUAAUCUUAUUUUGAGCAUCGCUUUUGUUUAGUUUAAGGAAACGUGAAACAUUUAAUUUUUAGUGACAUUUUCAAAUUAAAUUAUGUGGACUAAAGAAAAAAGUACAUAUUAAUACUUAAGUGUACUUGUUAUAUCUGACAGGUAUGUUUGUGUGUAUAUGUAUGUAUGUGUAUACACACACACACAAACACACACAAACACACAUAUAUGAAUGAUUCCCAUUUAAGGAGAUAAUUCUAUUCAUAUGCUUGUUUGCUGGAACUCAACUCAAUUUACUGAAGAGACAACCUACAUUGUUUCCAAGCCAAAGCUCCUUGGAGAAGUAUUUCAGCUUUUCUCCUAUCGUACUCACUUAGUAAGAAUUUGGAGCAUGAUCUCUCUGGUUAACUGUCCCACUGAAAUCAGUGAGAAUAAUGCUUACUGAACUUUGCUUAGACUUCUUAGCUUUCUGGAAUUUUAUAUUAGUGUAUGAUUUGGCUCAUUUGAAUAAUGUGGAAGUAAUUCUUUUGUAGGAAGUUUUCUAUGGAUCACUUGCUACCUGAUGUGUAUUUUCAUCCAGAUUUGCAUGGUUGAUUUUGGGGGGGGGACUAGUAAGUGCCUAGCAGUACAUACUUAGUAUGGAUAGUUUUUAUACCAUUUCAGUUCUGUAAUCAACUCAGACAUAAUGCUGUUCAGAGAAACCAUGAUUUAUGUGUAAACGGACAACAGCUACAGCUACAUCUUCAUCUUAUCCUUCUCCUCUAGUGAAUAUGGCUUAAAAGAAGACCUCAUGGUUUUUUGAGUUUUUCACAAUCUCCAAGAAAGAAACUGUAAUUUAAAUAUUGUCUGCAAACUGGGAUUGUAAACCAGAAUUUCAACUUUAAUUUGCAAAUCAAAAUUGUAGAGAACAUGCAAACCACGUUUUCCACUCUAAUUAUCAUGGGAAAUUGUGAUUUAAUAAAAUUGUGACUUAAUAAACCCAAAAGUCUCCUUACAAGCUGUAUGUAUGAAGAGGCAGAAGGGGAAAGUGAAGAAGGAGGGGUUGAUCUCAUGACAGUACUUAUAUCUGCGCUUAUGAUUCUGUAACUUCAAAAUAUGGAUUAGCUACUCUGGGCUACACAACAGGUUACUUUGGGACAUAAUUAGAAAUUACGCUUUUUUUCCCCUUACUGUAAGAAUAUGCAGGGGAGCCAAUCCAGACUGGGAUUCUGAUGUAGGAGGGAAAAGAGAUUAGACAAUAUUCUAAUUAAGCGAUAUUCUAAUCUGAACAUCUUGAGUCAAAAAAGAAGUUCAAUUGAUAUCUUUUUAAUUAAUCACUUUUUGGCAAUUAAAAUGGAAAUAAUGAGAGACCAAUUGUAACCACAGCAGAAAUCAAAGCCCCCUUCAAUAACAUAUCCUGAUCCAGAUUAGGUUCCUUGUGCACGUGUAAUAUAGUUUUGCUAUAUUUGCUAGUUUUAAUUUUAAAGUAAUAUGUGGUUUUGUCCUUAUUUAUGCAAUUAAAGACAGCAUCUUUAUAGAUUGCAAGGAAAAAAAAGUUGCACCUAUUUUUCAUGUUGAAUACUGAGUGGCUUAAGUUGCCACGAGGCAACUUAUUUAUUGAACUCUGAAAAGUGCAUCUUACUGUAUUUUAUAUGCACCAUAGAUUUUUUUUUUUUCAACUAGCUGUAUGACUGUUCUGCAUUUUAUAAGUAGUCAGUUCAAAUGAUUGUGUGUCCUGAGAGAUACAGUCUGGGUGUCAAAGUUAGACACCCCUCUAUUGUUCUUUGCAAGCUGAAGGUAAAAGAGGCCAUGUGGGCUGGGCUGAAGCAGAUGUUUGGAAACUUCAGCCCCAGUUGCUCUUAAGUGGUUGGCCAUGUGAUUUAUCUCUCAAGUGUGAUGUAUUGAACUUGUACAGUUCCUUUAUUCUUGCACAAUUCACAUCAGUGGCAGCAAAGGAUGAAAGUGCCAGGGAUAAAUGGGAGUUUGUACUCUUGUGAUUUUUAAAUGGUCCCAGCUUGCCCUGGACUUCAUUUUGGGCAAGGAAAAGAAAUGACUAAUGUGAUCAGCAAUAAAACCACUACUGUCUUAUAUUGUCUUGCUCAUUCAUUUGUUUCAUUAAAAGGAAUUUUCCCCUAAUUUCUCUUUGUCUUUUAAUGAAAUUUAGCUGUAAGGUUAUUUCUCCUAACCAGGAAUUUCUCUGUGUUGGGGCUUCUUGAAUUUUUGAUAGGGUUUCUCCCUAAACCAUUAGUGGGUGACCUGCGGCUCUUGGACUGUAUUUGGUUUUUGGUUUGCUUUCAAAAGCCCUUUGCCAGAGAGGCUUGAACCAAAAUAAAAAUCUAGCAAUUCUA